UCAAACGCAUCACAAUGCUCUUGAGCCACACUGCCCCCAACCGCUGGGAGACGGGAGUUGCAGCUGUGGGGAAGCGGCGGCGGUGCCGGCGGCUGGAGGGGAUGCUACGAAAGAAAGGCAAGAGCAGGGAAGCGUUAGCGCGCUUACCCUCCCAGCAGAUUUGUGGACCAGAAGACUACAGGAAAAUUGCAAAUGAGGUUUCCAACAAAAUUCUUAUGUAUGUGAGAGAUACAUCAGGAUGGAAAGAAUUAAAGCGCGAUAAAAAUGUUACAGUGUCAGCAAAGCCUUCCAACGACUUUGCAGGACUCAUAUACCGUGUUGAAGCGGUUUUAGAUAUACCAGCUGCUAAAGUCUUUCCGUUAGUUUACGUUCCUGAGUACCGCUGCAAGUGGGACAAAGGGCUACAGUCGUACCAGCUUAUAGACACAAUUGACAAGGACACUUUCAUUGUUCACAGUAUUACCCACAGUUACGGCAUGGGGAUGAUUUCACCCAGAGAUUUCGUCGUCAUUGUGCAUAUUAAAAGAUACGGUGGAGAGUUUUUGACCACAAACUCUUGCAGUGUGUAUCAUCCAAACUACCCUCCGACUUCCCGUUAUGUUCGUGGUAACAGCUUUCCUUGUGGCUAUGCAUGUUAUCCCAUGCCAGGGAAUCCAAACCAGUGCAUGUUUAUGGCAAUUCUCCAGGUGGACUUAGGAGGAGUCUUGCGACCUUCAUUGGUAGAUUCAGUCAUGCCUGUUAGCCUCAUAAACCUAAUCACAGAUAUCAAAACUGGUAUUAAGACACUAAAGCUUUAAAGACACAAAAGCAAAAUACCCCCAUACAGUCCUACCGGGGUGGAAGGGAAGAUGUUCUUCGUUAACACAUAUGCAUCUGUCACUGGAGUCUGGUUUAAUUUAAAGGCUCAUAUGUCACCAGCUUGCUCUAA